AUGCAGCCUGACCGCGCGGCGUUGGCGCAGAGGAUUCAGGGCUUCGGCAAUGUGAACCCGCCGCCCUUGGAAGACGAGAACGCCAGCUCGGUGGCGAAGAGAGCCGUGAGAAACUUGGGCGACAUGGUCGGUGAAGAAGUGGCACUGACUGUGCAGGACUUCAAGGAGAAGGGUGCUGUUGGAGCAGUCAAAGAUGCCGUGGCAGAUGCGGGUGAUAUUCUCAUUGACGGGGUCUCGGGCAUUGUCGGAUGGCUCCGAGGGGACCCCAUCGAGGAAGAAGAGAGCAAAGCCUCGGAGGAUGCGCAGAAGGUAUUGGCCAAUGGACCCAGGGGUGCCGCUUACGGCGUGUCUCAAGCCUCGCCCACGGGCGGCAUCAAUGCGGUUUGGGUGAUGCCAGAGGAGGCUGAUCCCGCCACCUUGGCAGAGUUGGCCGCAAAGAGCAGCAAGACAGGCAAUCCAGCCUAUGCACCCUCAAACAUUCAGCCAUAUCAGGCCCCUGGUCAACCGAUGGCAAUGGCACAAAUGCAGCAAAUGCCUCAGAUGCCGCAGCGCCUGCCAAACGGCAUUGAGAUCGCACCCUAUCAGCCAACUGCUGGACCAGGCGUGGCAGGCCGCUUUGUCCCACCUGGUAUGGGGCAGCUUGGUGGCUUUCCAGGACAAGCAGGACCAUUUGCGCCACAACCUUUCAUUCCAGGUGGUCAACUUCCAGGUGCCAUGGCCCCUGGGUAUGGUGCAUCGGCCAGCAGCGGUCCCAAAGGACUUAUCGAGCGGGUGGGCAAAGGAGAGACCUUGCCAGGGAAGGAGGUCGCUGCACGACUUGCCGGCCAAUGCGUCUCCUCCAAGGUGUCUGGAUCCCAACUGGGAGAUUUCGUGGCAGACCGUGUGCGAAGGCUCUAUUUGGGCCUCGACGGUGAUGGAGACGAUGGCCUGAUGCGAAUGCUGCAGCUGGUUGAUUCGAUGAAGAUGCACGAAAGCCCCAUCAUGCAAGAGGCAGUCAAGAAACUACUGAAGGAAGGCGUCAGCGAAGAGUUCUUAUCACUGAAGUCAUCGUCAAAGCACAAGGACAAUGCGGUGCCCAGUCUGCGGAGGCUAGGUUUGCUGGGUGCCGAAUCACUGCCAGACCUUUUGGGUGAGGAGCCAGGAGCGUCGUCAAAUGCAGCCAGCGUGGAUCUUCUGGGGGAUGCAGCUCCAGCAGCUCCAGCUCAAAAGACAACAGACCUCUUGGAUUUCUGA